UUAUAAUAAAUAAAAAAAAUAUUAAAAUUAUUUGGAUUGGACUAUCAUUCUGCAUUUCGUUUUAUUUAAGUGAUUUGUAUUCUUUUAUGUACUAAUUUUUAAUAAAAAAUAUAACAAAAUUAUUUUUAAGUAAAUAGGCAAUCUGUUUGUCAUUUGCGUAAAUAAAGUUAUAUACCUAUUACCAUUGUUUUGUUUGAAAACUCUAAUUGCCUAAAAUUAUUUACGGGUUAAACGUUAUAUAAACAUAAGAGAAAAUGCCUUCAAUUCCUGGAAAAUACCAACAUUAUAAGAAUGAAAAUAUAGAUGAUUACUUUAUAGCAGUUGGUGUACCAUUUAUGGGAAGAAAGAUGAUGGCAAUGUCAUCCCCAGUGAUGGAAAUAACGAUGGAUGGUGAAAAUAUGACAAUUAAAAAUUCAUCAUUGCUACGGACAGUUGAAGUGAAAUUUAAACUAGGUGAGGAGUAUGAAGAACACAUGCCUAGCACAAUUAUUAAGAGUGUUACAAAGCUUAUAAAUGAUAAUGAACUUGAAACUUUGUCAGUAAUCCCUGAGACAGGUGUAAAAUGUGGAAGACAUUACCUUUUUACGGAUGAUGAAUGUGUUGUUACUUUAACACAUGACAAAGCCAAAACCCCAGGCAAAAGGUACUUCCGUAGAAUUGUUUCUUAAAGGUCCCUUACAAAAUGGAGUCUUGCUAAAGAAUCUUAAAACAAAAGUGCUGUAAGCUUUUUAUAUUUGUUAAAUAUAUUAUUAUUUUUUAAAUAAUAUCAAAACAAUUUUUUACCUAUUUUAUAUCUUUUCUUAUAUUGGUAUAGGUAACCAAAUUUAGACUAACUUAUUUGGAUUAUGUGUAUAUUAAGGGCUAUAUAAUUAUUGUUUGAUUUUUUAUAUUUUUUUAAUAAAUAUUUAAGUUAUAAA